GGGGGAGGGAACCGAGCCAUGCAGCAGCGUCGGAGCAACGCAGUUGCGAAACGGAAAGACGGCGAAACCGCCAGAGGAACCAGCGAAGCAGCUUCUAACCUCGGCAUCGUUGGCAGGGGGGCUAUACGGGAAGUGUAAGUGCGGACGGAGAACGAGGAGGAGGCAUUCGUACUGGCACAGUGGUCCCGGUCAUGUCGCGUUCGUCAGUAGUGCACAGGUAGCCGAUACGCCUCGAACGACGCCGAGGAACCAGCUGCCGGGAAUCUGGUUCGACGCGAUCGAGUUUACCUUAUCGCCAAGAGACCCUCGACACGAACCCCGAAGAUGACGAUGAAGGAGGUCGCGAAGAAGGACGAGGCCCCGCCAGAGAAGGGCGCCGAGGCCGUCGGCGUGCCCUGGAAGUCGAUGAGCCUCGGGCAGAAGUUCGGAUACAUGGCGAGGAACGUCACCGUCGAGCCGAUGGUGGCCUGCUACAUAAUGCCGAGCGUCUUGGCGGCCCUCGCCACCCAGAAUCUGAACCUGGAGAAGGCCUGCAGGGUGAACCUCGCCUACCCCGACGACGUCUGCACGGCUCUCGCCGCCCGAAACACGAGCGCCUUCCACGAGGAGGAACUGGCCGUGCAGAAGCUCGUCGCCGGCAUGCAGUCCUGGAAAACGGCGCUCCAGAGCGGCCUGCCCGCCGUCCUGAUCCUCUUCAUCGGGGCAUGGAGCGACCGGACCGGACUCCGGAAACCCUGCAUGCUGGUACCGAUCGUCGGCGAGUUCCUCACCAGCAUAAGCCUGAUAAUAUGCACCUACUGGUUCUACGAGCUGCCCAUGGAGGCCGCCGGAGCUUCCGAGGCUUUGUGGCCGGCCUUGACCGGCGGGUGGUUCGCCAUGUUCAUGGGUAUAUUCAGCUACAUCGGCGACGUGACGACGGUCGAGUCCCGCACCCUCAGGAUCGGGGCUGUGAACGUGUUCGUCUCCCUCGGGAUCCCGAUAGGCAUGGCCUUGUCCGGGGUGCUUUACGUUAAGAUCGGUUUCUACGGGGUCUUCGCCAUUUCCACCGUCUGCUACGUCCUCAGCUUCGUCUACGGCGUCGUCUGCAUCAAGGAGGUCCCCAGGCCUCCGUCAACCUCGGCUAAUCUCCAGGAGAAGAAGCCCCAGCCCAAGCCUACGAUCUUCGCAUCCGUCGCCGACUUUUUCGCCCUCAGGCACAUAUCCGAGACGUUCAAAGUCGCGUUUAAGAAGGGUGCCAACAACAGGCAGCAGAGGGUCGCCGUCCUCAUGGUCAUCGUUAUGGUCGUCAUCGGACCCAUGCACGGUGAGAUGGCGGUGAUGUACUUGUUCACCAGGUACCGAUUCAACUGGAACGAAGUCCAGUUCAGCAUGUUUUCCACCUACAGCAUGCUGACAAAUCUAGCUGGAACGAUGGUUUCGAUCGGGGUGUUCAGCCACCUAUUGAAGAUCGACGAUGCACUGGUGGGCGUGAUGAGCUGCAUGAGUAAAAUCCUCGCCAGUUUCGUCUACGCGUUUGCGAGCACCGACUGGAUGAUAUACUUAGCUCCUCUGGUCGAGAUCGUGAACGGCACGUCGUUCAUCGCCAUGAGAUCCAUAGCCUCGAAGCUUGUGCCAACCGACGAGCUGGGCAAAGUCAACUCUUUAUUCGGCGUUUGCGAGGCGCUAAUGCCGUUGGUUUACGGCCCCAUGUACAGUUCCGUCUAUGCCGCUACCAUGAACACGCUUCCUGGGGCAUUUUUCCUCCUUGGCGGGGGACUCACCAUUCCGGCUGUUAUUCUAUUUCUAUGGCUUUACACCGAACACAGAGCGGAUCGGAAGCGGGUCGAAGAAGAGAAGAAACAGGAUUUGGAGAAACCGUCCGAAGGAUCCGAGGCACCUCGAGGCUUGGAUAAUGGGGCCUUUGAGACGGAACGAAUGUGACGUGUGAAAAUUAUUAACACUUAGUCGACGAAACGGAUUUUAGUCGCCAAUUUUCGCACUCGAGACGCUCAUACUACUUGUCAGAGGUUUGGAGUGGAGCCUGAACGAUAGAUAAACCUUGAAACUUCUCCAGGUGUAAUGUAAAUUCGAUGGAUUUGAUCCCGCUGUAUUAACUUACCUCGGCAAUCAAGUCCCGUUUUUUAUUCUAAUCUGAAAUAUCCGGUGGAAAUUUAACGAAUUAUCGAGUUGCAACGCGGUAUGAGCUACAAUAUUUCAAUGCGGCGAUGACGUAUGAUUUUGAAUGAAUCCAUAUUGUUUGUCGUGUUUCUAAAAACAUUCGGAAAACCGAUAGUUUCAAUAUUAUUCUCCAACUUCACCCGCAUACGUGUUAUAUUUGUAAAUAUUUCCAGCUCUAGAAUAUACGGUGGGUACAACAAAAUUGAACUUACAAGCAUCGCUCUGUUUACAGAGCAUAUUUUAAUUAAUUUAAUAUAUAAGAAUAUAGGAGAUUGAAGUAAAAAAAAUUUAGGUAGGCGUAACGUAAUUAGGUAUAGUGUUAUUAGUCAAGGUUUGCUAAAACCGUUGAUAGACGGGUGGAUAAAAUGACAAAUGAUUUUAUUCUCGUUCUCAUACACGGUUCAACUUUAUAGACAUAUUAGAUUGACAAUGAGCCAAAAUUACUCUAUUUUAAUAUACGUAACGUAAUACAUACAUUUAGCUUACAAAAAAUGGUGUGCCUUCCACGAGUAGAUUGUACAGUAAAUAAUAAUGCAUUCAAAAUAGUAUCUAGGUAUAUAUCUUCAUACUCUUAUUCUUAUAUAUAUAUAUACAUAUAUAUAUAUAGAUAUCUAUUUAUAUUCCAUUGACGUCCUACUUCUUUUUGAUAUACCGCAAUUAAAUGAAUAUACUGAAACAAAAUUAGUACGACGAUGAAAAUAAAACCAGAAAUUGACAAUGAGAAUAUAUUACUUGUCAUGUUGAUUUGACGGUAUACCCGCAGAGACAUCGUCGUAAUUAGACAAUAUAUUUAUGCCGUAGAGGUAUAUUGUUUGCAAAAUUGAUUCUCUAACUGGACACAUAUGCCUACCAUGCGGUUAGCAAUGAAAUCGAAACUAUAAAUCUAUGACAGAAUCGACAUCGUUGGGUGUUUGUAAUGAAUAAAAGAAACUGUAAUUCGUGUCAUUAUAAAGAUGGAAUAACGUAAUUAUAAAAUGAAAUUUAUACCGUCACAUCAUUCAUGCGGGUAAAUUGCAUCAAUUAUUAAGUACUUAACUAGAUUAAAUAUACAUGAAUUGAAACGGGAAAAACAAUAGUUUCGCACGUGUUACACAAUAAUUAUAUCUUAUUAAAUAUUAUUAUAUUUUCGAGGUAGCGGUGGCUACACCUUUUCAUUCUUCUUACCUCCCGACAGUUGAAUUUUACAAGUAAUUAAUAUGGCAUACAAGUGCGGUUUUUUAAAUCAGUUGAUUGCAAAGCGAUAAAAAUUCAUGACUCUUCUAAUCGUAUGUUAGUUUCAUUAAAAAUACGCAUAUACGAUUAAAAAUGAUCACCGCCUAUAUUAUCCCUAAGUAUUAACAUUUAUAUUGUUUAAACAUUAUCAUUAUUAAGCUUUAGGUAUUUUUUUGUGAUAUAUAGUAAUAUAUAAUUUUCUAUUUAACGAAUCAUAUGUAUAAUAAAUUCUAAAUAUACAGCUAAAAAUA